CGGCCGCCCCGCCCCCGGUCCUGGCCCCGGUCCGCCCCGUCCGGUGGGGCGAGUAGCCGCAUGGAGGCCGGCUGAGGAGCACCGCCCAGCCUCGGCUUCGCUCGUCGGUGCAGGAGCCGCCGCCCAGCCAUGGAGGGGGAGGAGGAGCAGCCACCCCAGGAGGCCGACGUGGAACCUAUUGUGACAGUGGGGGUGUCAGAGGUGGUGCCCAGGGUGCUCGCUGGAGAAGCCCAGAACCUGUCCGACGCGGACGCGCUGACCCUCCUCCUGGAGAUGAAGCUGAGGAGGCGGCGGGAGCGGCCCAGCCUGCCACGCACCGUGACCGAGCUGGUGGCGGAGGACGGGAGCAGGGUGUACGUGGUGGGCACGGCACACUUCAGCGAUGACAGCAAGAGGGACGUGGUGAAGACCAUCCGGGAGGUGCAGCCCGAUGUGGUGGUGGUGGAGCUGUGCCAGUACCGCGUGUCCAUGCUGAAGAUGGACGAGAGCACGCUGCUGCAGGAGGCCAAGGAGCUCAGCCUGGAGAAGCUGCAGCAGGCCGUGAGGCAGAACGGGGUCAUGUCCGGACUCAUGCAGAUGCUCCUGCUCAAAGUGUCGGCGCACAUUACCGAGCAGCUGGGCAUGGCUCCCGGCGGCGAGUUCAGGGAGGCCUUCAAGGAGGCCAGCAAGGUGCCUUUCUGCAAGUUCCACCUGGGUGACCGGCCCAUCCCCGUCACCUUCAAGAGGGCCAUCGCGGCGCUGUCCUUCUGGCAGAAGGUCAAGCUGGCCUGGGGCCUCUGCUUCCUGUCAGACCCCAUCAGCAAGGAUGACGUGGAGCGGUGCAAGCAGAAGGACCUGCUGGAGCAGAUGAUGGCGGAGAUGAUCGGCGAGUUCCCCGACCUGCACCGCACCAUCGUCUCAGAGCGCGACGUGUACCUGACCUACAUGCUGAGGCAGGCCGCCCGGCGCCUUGAGCUGCCGCGCUCCUCUGACGCUGAGCCCAGGAAGUGUGUCCCCUCUGUGGUGGUGGGCGUCGUGGGCAUGGGCCACGUCCCGGGCAUCGAGAAGAACUGGACCACCGACCUCAACAUCCAGGAGAUCAUGACCGUGCCCCCGCCGUCCGUCUCCGGCAGGCUGUCCCGGCUGGCCGUCAAGGCCGCUGUCCUGGGCCUGCUGGGCUACGGCCUCUACUGGAUGGGGCGCCGCGCCACCAGCCUGGUCCUGUCGCUGCCCGUCGCUCAGUACUGUCUGCAGACGGCGUCCACGGCCCGGCCGCACAAAUAGGAAGGACAACCUCCCGGCCGCGCCUGGGUGGCAGCCCGGGGGCGCUGGGGCCGGCCCCCCCACCAAGGAAGUCCCGGGCGCCACCCCCCGUGGGGGUCCCCACCCAGCCACGCCUGCCCCCCAACCCGCCCAAAUAAAGAAUUAUUUAACUGCUCUGAGCUCAGGCCUCCCCGCAGCCCCUCCCUGCCCCCGCGGGACCGCUCCUGGGGUCACGGGCUCCCGCGCGUCAGGACAAGCUGGCAGGAGGGGCCACGGGGGCACAGCCGGCCGCCCCUACCUCACCGUGCCUUCCCCUCGCGGGCAGCGACUCGCGGUGGGCUCUGGGCCGUCGGGGUCCCAGCGAGGCAAGCGCCGAGCCGCUCCCUGGGGCUCUAGGGGCGCCGCUGCGAUGGGGCGCUUGGCCCGGCGGGGGCCGCCCACGGGUGCCGGCUCUGCCUGCAGAGACUGCUGUGGGCUUUUAAAAAUGUCUGAAAUUUUUUUUUACUCAGGUAAUUUUAACUUAAAACGAACUGAAGCAAAUGUCAGGAAAUACUAGCCUUAAAUCCCACUGGGACAAAGGGUGUCAGGGCGGCGCAGGCGGGGCGCGGGCAGGCGAGCCCGUGGGAGGCGGCGCAGGGUGGCCCCUGGACGCGGCCCCUCCGUCCCUCCGCUCGCUUACCGCUGGGACCCUCCCCGGGGCUGCCCCGCGCUGCCUCCCUGACACCUGGUGCGUGGUCGCCACUUUGCACACAUGCAGCAGAUGCCUGCCCCCCCCGACCCCCCACGCGGGGCUCCUGGUCCAGGCACGUCCAGGGGGGUGAUGCAGCAGCCCCGCGGGCCGGGGAUCACGCGGGACUGUUUGUGUUGACUCCGUGUCCGACCAAAUCCGGGGCAGCCUCGGCCGUGAGCCGCGCCGGACGGUGUUCUUCCUGUCACAUACACGCGUGUACUCGUUCCUUAGAAACCGAAAUAAAGUCUAAUUUUGGAA